AUGGGAUUUCGUUUGUUACCAAUGAUUUCCAGUGCCAAGCAAAUCUACAAACUGCAGUCUCUUCUAACAAGGAGUCUUUCAGAUGUUCCGAAAGGACAUUUUGUGGUUUAUGUAGGUGAGAGAGAGAAGAAAAGGUAUAUGGUGCCAAUAACAUACCUCGAUCAUCCUUUGUUCCAGAACUUGUUACGGAAAGCAGAAGAAGUGUUUGGAUUUCAUCAUCCAAUGGGUGGUCUAACAAUUCCUUGCCAUUCUUACCAGCUAAACGUUGAAGAGACGUUCAACGACAUGAGGAUUCAUCUGAAGACAAUCUUUGAUCAUGCUAAACACAGCAUUUUUCUCCACCAAAGAUCAACUGCAAACACUUCAUCAAAGUUGGCAGAUGUUCCCAAGGGUCACAUGGCAGUUUAUGUUGGAGAGAGCCAUAAUAAUAAGCACCAAUUCGUGGUACCCAUCUCUUGUUUGAAGCAUCCUUUGUUUCAAGAAUUGUUGAGGCAUGCAGAGGAAGAAUACAGAUUUGAUUAUACAACGGGGGGCCUUGCUAUCCCAUGUAGUGAGACUACAUUUCUACGUGUCACUGCUCCCUUGAAUGGCACUACUAAUUAA